AUGGAGAAAAAUCUUCAGACCAUGAUUCAUCACUUCAAUCGGCUGUUUCUACUGCCCGAUUUCAUGCGCGAUGAGCCUACUUCCGGGCUGCUGGGCUCUACGCUGGCAGACCUUUUCCAGACAUCGCUGAUCCUGGUCGGGAGUAAGGAGACAGUCCGGCAGCAUACCGUCAAACGGCUAGCUUCUGAUGAAGGGCUCGAACUCAUCAAGGAGCUUCUGAGCAAUAUCGGUCAAGCUGACACCCACCAAGCCCGGGUUCAUCUGUGGAAGUCCCAGUUACGCCCGUUCUUAGCAACCCUGUGUCACCCUGCCGUUACGGCGGACAGCCUUCUGGAAAAGCAUAUUCGUACAGUAUAUGACUUCCUGAUCAGUUAUUCUACUGAUGGCCUAAUGCACACCUUUUCCUACAUCUACAUUCUGGUCGAUGCCUGGAAAACCGUGGACAAUGAUACCACCAACGGCUGCAAUGGAAUCCAAGUGCUCGUCAUGUCAUCGAAAGUACUGACGCAAGCAGUUAACCAUUCGUCCUGCCGUUCUUCUAGCGCUGGUCUUUGCCAUUUGAUUCAGCGACUUCUCGAGCUCUGUGAUCGUUACAGUGAGCCUGAUCAAAGCAAGGAUAGGGACUUGGCUCGUAGAAACCUGGAAUCUGCACUUGCGACAGUCAAGAAGCUGUCAACAACCAGUGGUUCUAUGCCAGGAGCUAAUAAUAUCCAAAGUCCGCCAGAAAAGGUCCAGGAUACAGCAUGGACUCGAGUCGACACAGCGGGGUUUUUCAACUCCGGAUUGGAGGGCCCCGGAGGCCUUUCCCCCAAGGGCCAGCGGCACGACAAUGAUUUUGACAACAUUGGCGACAUUCGCAUACUUCCGACCCCGGCUGAAAUAUUGUCGACGAGGCCUGAGUACCUUCCCGUGUAUGAUUCCUCACACUGGCACGUCCCAGGACUCCCAGGACUCGUCGAUCGCCACUUUCGCCUUCUACGAGAGGACAACGUUGGUUCGAUUCGCGACGCUAUUCGUCCCUACCUCCGAGGCAGCCAAUAUAGUCUCAGCAUUUACCAAGGCAACAAGCUUCGUACCGAUACAUACGCCGUUCAAGGUGUUGAUGUUGGGUACGACCCUAUCGACGGAUUCGAAGUCCGACUCGUCAUCAAGCAGCCCCCGGCAGUUGCGAGUCGAUCGCAGCCUCCCCACCGAGAGCAGUGGUGGGUUGAAACUAAAGGCCUUGACUGGGGUAACACUGUGUGCUUGGUAACCAAUGAUUACGCCUUCUUUGGAGUAGUUUCAAGAGCAACAUGUCGCACAAUCUCAAGCCUGCAUCAGAAGAAGGACGAGAAGAAGAAAGGUCGCCAGCGACGAUACGACAAGAACAAAACACUCUUCACUUGGAGAGAUGUUGCUUAUGUCACAUUGAAUCCUGCGGACCUCAACAAUAGUGACAUUGAAUUCUUGGCAGGGGCACUUGUGGAAAAGAUACAGCCGUCGACUCUGAUAGAGUUCCCGACCGUCUUACUAGCUUCAUUCAAACCAAUGCUGUCUGCACUCCGUGAACUGCACGGGUCUCACGGCGUCCCAUUUGGCGACCUUUUGGUCAGCGUUCGACAACCGCAGAAUCCAUCUGCUACCAAUAUUCCACCGCCAGCCUACACGAUCAAGAACAAAUUCGAAUUUGACUUGAGCUGUAUUACUCUGGACGGCGGCCGGUUUGCAUACGAUCCUCGAAAGGAACCCGUUGUCGACGAACUCUGUCGCAGGUCGAGUCUUGAUGAAGGUCAAGCUAAGGCCUUGUUGAACACGCUUCGUCGGCGUCUGGCAUUAAUCCAGGGCCCUCCUGGUACCGGGAAGAGUUACACUGGAGAAGCGAUCAUUCAGGUUCUCCUGGCCAACAACGUAAAAGCAGACCUUGGACCAAUCGUCUGCGUUUGCCAAACAAAUCAUGCCCUGGAUCAACUUUUGGAGCACCUGUACGUGCGAAAGCACAUUCAUCAGAUCGUGAGACUCGGUGGUUUCAGCAAGUCGGAACUUAUACAGAGCCUGACCCUGCAGAACAUCAUGGACAACAGUACACCGGGAUUUGUGGAACAGAAGACUAUUUGGAACUCAACAAAGCCGCGAAACAAGUCCGGAAAGAGGGUUGCCACCAUUCUUGAGGAUUUUCGCUUAGCCGAUCCGAGUCAGCGUCCUCAGCUCAUGAAGCAGAUACGUGAGGCUGUCGAGGCGCAUUCUCGACGUCAAAUGGUCAAUGAUGAGGCAUGGACGAAUUACAAACUCACACUCCUCCGCCGCGCUGAUAUCAUUGGAGUUACAACUACAGGGCUUGCAAGAUUCCGAGACUUGCUGAGUCAAUUGAAGAGCAAGGUUAUUCUCUGUGAAGAGGCUGGCGAGGUGCUUGAGUCGCAUACGCUUGCCUCGUUGUUACCAUCCACAGAACAUCUGAUCCUUAUUGGUGACCAUCAGCAACUGAGGCCUCAUAUCAACUGCUGGGAUUUCCAAAUUGCCAACCCACUGGGCCGUGCUUACGCUGGGGAUCUGUCUCUCUUCGAGCGGCUCGUUAAGCCUCUCCUAGAGAACGAAAUGAGGCUUCCCUGCGACACGCUAGACAUACAGAGACGCAUGCAUCCCAGCAUAUCGAAUCUAGUACGCGCGACAUUGUAUCCAGACCUGAAAGAUGCCGACAACGUCAAGAAAUACCCGCCGCUUGCUGGGUUCAGAAGACGACUGUUUUGGUUCCAUCAUACCAAGUUGGAGGAUGGUCUCAAUGCCGAUCGGUCUAAAGAAUUCUCGUACACCAACAUGUUCGAGAUUGAGGUCAUCAAGACUCUCAAAAUUCACUUGGGAGCCACCUACGAUGUCAGCAUGAACGAGCUUGAUGCGACUGAACUGGAGAAGCACAAUAUGAAUGUCAACGUAGGAGUGGGAGCAGGACGAAGAAGAAUACGAGUUGCCACUGUGGACAACUUCCAAGGCGAAGAAGCUUCGGUGGUCAUCGUGUCCCUUGUCCGAAGCAAUACCGCUGGACGGCUUGGAUUCUUAGAUCAAGCCAACAGAAUCAAUGUUCUACUCUCUCGUGCCAAACACGGAAUGAUCAUAGUCGGUAAUGCUGACUUGUGCAGCAACAAUGACAUGUGGUGGGAAGUCAUUCAAAUGCUGCAUGCCGAUGGCAAUUUUGGCCCCAGUUUCGAGCUCCAAUGCACACGACACAAGGAAGAGACGAUAAUGGCAUCCACAGCUAAAGACUUCGGAACUUCUGGAUGUUCAGCGAUGUGCGGGCAGCCUUUACAGUGUGGCCACAUCUGUACAGGCAAGUGUCAUACGAGAGCAAUCCACAACAGCUUCAAGUGUCAGACCUGCGAAACCCCGCGUAUGCCUGUGCUCGACAAAAGUUCAGCUUUGACACAACAAACGUCAUAUAUUGCGACUAACAAAUCCAGCAAAAUGUCAGCCAGCACAGUAUCCUAUCAGAAGGUUGAUCAGCGGCUAGCCCACUGCCAACGACACAUUGAUAUCCGCUCAAAGUUGGAGCAGGAUGAUAGUCUUCAAACCCGCCCUCAGCAAGACAGAGAAAGCGACCUUAAUCAACAGACAUCCAACAUUCAACCGAUAUCUGGCCACGCAACUCAAGAAUUUAUUGCAUCAUCGCAAGCGACCGCGUCUAACCUGCCACAUGUGGAAAACGAUGAUGCCAAGAGAAGUGCUCAGAGCCCUGUCUCCCGUGUGACCAGCUUUGCGGAUCGGUUUGUCCGCACAGCAUGUGCACAUUGCCCUGUGCUGCGCCUUGCAACUGGACGCCGUGCUCAAAGCGCUGCUUUAAGUCCGUCCGUAUGCGGUGAGGCAUGUCCUGAAGAGACUUUUUGCCAGCAAUGUGGCCCAGAGGACAUUAAGAAUAAUAUCGUCGAUCUGGAAAGCGGAAAGAAAUAUCGUGAAGUCGACCUGGAUGCAGACCCAUGCAUCUUUCCAGAUUGCUUGCACAUCGUUACCAUUUCAACGUUCGAUAAGCAGCUGGCAAAUUAUGACCACUCGACUGGAUCACAGAGCCGCGGGGUUGCACCGUCGCUAUCGUUGACAUUUUCUUCCAGUGAGGUCCCAUGCUGCGAUACUUGCAGUGGCAGUCUACGAAAAAUCUCACGAUGCGGCGGAGCUGUCCGAAAGCCAAUCUUGGAUAAUGCUCUGAAGCACUUUAUCAGUUCAUCGCACCAGAAACUUGUCAAGCAGGAGCUGUCACUUCUGAGCGAACAGCAGUUUCUGGAAGACGAUUUACCUGCGCACUUACUUGAGGCUGUUGGCAGAGCCGGAGAGCUUGAUAUCAGUGGUCAGCCGUUCUCCAUGCUGACUUCUGUGCAAAGGUGGGUAGGACCUCGGUACGAUUCGAUUGUCUCGUUGAUGCAAGAGAUCAAUGACUACCUCAAGAAUGUCCAAAUGCAAGAGAAAAGCUUCCAGAAGAUAUUCGACCUCAUUUGGGAGAAUCAGAAGUCUGUUCAACUCACAGAUGAGGAAUCCCCGGUUCGAUUGCGCUUUCAGUGCAUGCUCAGUGCCUUGGUUCUUCUUGUUCGCUGUGACAUCGCGAUCGUCGCCGAUUUCUUCGGCCUUGUUCGAAGAGCGAAAGAGAGUAAUCUGAAGCUAUCGAUCGACUUUGCCGGCCUGACGCGUCUAUGCGAUCAUGUCAUCCAGGUAGCCCAGACCACUUGCUGUCCGCGACAUGAGGUAGAAGCCCAUAUCUUGGUAGUCAAGAUGGCAGUAUUGACUCGUGAAGUCAAGUCAAAUAAUGAUGAAGAGGACUCGAUGCACAAGCUUCGCGAUAAGCAACGAGCAGCCAACCACCUCCAAGAAGCACUCGAUAUCGUCCUUCAACACCAAUGUCUCAUGUAUCUAGUCGACGACAUUGAGAUGCUGAGCGGACAACUCAGUGGCUCUGACUUCAGAAACGUUGUUUCGAUCCAGGAAAAGAGGGCAAUUUGGAUUUCAUACUCGAAAGAGUUCAACGAAGAAGCAAAGUGGCACGUAUGCUCAAACGGCCACCCUUUCAGUGCUGACGAAAACAUGCCGCAGUGUGACGUCUUCUGCCCUGAGUGCGACGCGCCUGUAGUUGGUCGUAGUGGUCAGAAAUCGGCUGAUAAUGCAACACCCGCCGGUUCAGUGCCUGACUUUGAUGGUGACGGCGAUGAGGAUACUGUUCAAGAUCAGAGAUUGCGUUCGGAAGGGGAACUGAUUAAUUUUGACGUCGAAAACAGCAGCGAGGAGGAGAUCGUGAUCAGCUGGUAG